AUGAGCAGCAACGAGAUUGAGACGUACGUGCACCAGCUCAUCAACCCGGCGACACGGGAAAAUGCGCUGCUUGAGCUCAGCAAGAAGCGGGAGAACUUCCCUGAGCUGGCGCCAUACCUCUGGUACAGCUUCGGCACCAUAGCGGCGCUGCUGCAGGAGAUCGUGUCCAUCUACCCGCUGCUCUCGCCGCCGGCGCUCACGGCGCACGCGAGCAACCGCGUGUGCAACGCGCUGGCGCUUCUGCAGUGCGUCGCGUCGCACCCAGAGACCCGCGGGCUGUUCCUUCAAGCGCACGUGCCGCUGUUCCUGUACCCGUUCCUCAACACCGUCUCUAAGACGAGGCCGUUCGAGUACCUCCGGCUCACCAGCCUGGGCGUCAUUGGCGCACUGGUCAAGGAGCGGAUGCCGCAGGCCGGGCACAGGGUGUGCGGCGCAAUGGCCGAAAUCGCGCUGCUGCAUGGCGGCCGCACGACGCUGGGCGUGGAUGACACUGACGUCAUCAACUUCCUGCUGUCCACAGAGAUCAUCCCCCUGUGCCUGCGCACCAUGGAGAUGGGCAGCGAGCUGUCCAAGACAGUGGCCACGUUCAUUGUUCAGAAGAUACUGCUCGACGACGUGGGCCUCAACUACAUCUGCGCCACCGCGGAGCGCUUCUUCGCCGUCGGCGCCGUGCUGGGCAACAUGGUGGUGAUGCUCGCGGAGCAGCCCUCCCCGCGGCUGCUGAAGCACAUCAUCCGCUGCUACCUGCGGCUCUCGGACAACCCCAGAGCGCGCGAGGCGCUGCGCCAGUGCCUGCCCGAGCUGCUGCGCAACCCCGGCUUCACGGCGUGCCUCAAGAGCGACGACACGACGCGCCGCUGGCUGGCGCAGCUGCUGGUCAACGUCGGGUUCCCAGAGGCGGCCGCGCAGCUCUCCAACGAGAUGCUGCAGCCGACGCCGCUGCAGGGCCAGUGA